AUGGGUUGGUUCUGGGCAGACUCACAGCCAAAGGCGCCCCACGCGCCUCACCCGACCUCCAAUGCAUCUCCCCCACCUGCGUGCCCGAUGCAUGAAUCCCUUCCGGCACCAUCUGCUACUCCCGAAAGCAGUUGUCCCAUGAAAUCCACCGAUUCUCCUUUCUACGUCGCUCCGAAAUCGUCCGCCGCGCAGGUCGCGCCAGAGCCAGCCGCUGCUCCUACCAAAUCCUCCUCCACUCUGUCAAAGCUGAACCCGCUGAACUACAUGUUCGCCUCCAUUUCUCAGGAGCGUGCUCCAAAUCAGACUGUUGAUCUUCCCCUUGAACGUGAACAGUCUUCCAUUCCACGUGGCGACAGCAAGGAAAACUGGGAGUACCCGUCUCCUCAGCAAAUGUACAAUGCAAUGCUGCGUAAAGGACAUACCGACACUCCCCAGGAUGCCGUGGAAGCCAUGGUUGCUGUCCACAACUUCCUGAACGAAGGUGCCUGGAAUGAGAUUGUUGGAUGGGAGCGCACAUUUGCCAAGGGUCUUGUUGAAGGAUGGAGCAAGUGCCGCCGUGGCGAGGAGAAUCUGAGUUGGGAUUUGGCCAAGGCCGAAAUGACUGGCAAUGUAGACCAGUCAACAGAGCCUCGUCUGAUCCGAUUCCAGGGUCGCCCGAAGGAACUCACCCCCAAGGCCCAGAUCUUCCAGGCUCUGGCAUGGGUUUACCCUUCCAAGUUUGAGACCAAGCCACCAUUCGACCGACACGACUGGUUCGUUCAGCGUCAAACACCCUGGGGCACCAAGGAAGUGCGUUAUGUCAUCGAUUACUAUUCUGGCCCUCCUGAGCCUACUGGUGAGCCGGUCUUCUUCCUCGAUAUUCGACCUGCUCUGGAUUCACCAACAGCUGCUGUUGAGAGACUGAUGCGUUGGGGAGGAGACGCAUGGUGGAGGGCCAGUGGAGCUGCUGUUCGUGAAGGGAACCAGAGCCAUCACCAUUGA